ACGCCCAUUUCGAACGCUCGCACAAGAUGGUGGCCGCCCCGCAGUGACAGGUAGCCGGAUGAGGCGCAGCCAGAACUCUCCCAGCUCUUUCGCUAAUGGCUUCAGCUCUCCCUCUCCCGACCCUGGCUCUUCAGGAGGGGGAGAGAGCGGGGGCUUCCUGCCAUUCUCCAACAGCCUGACAGCCAUGCUGGGGGCCUCUCGGAGGAAAAGGCCCGGCGGGAGGGCCAUGGCCGACGGACGGGGCACCAUCAAGGUGGAUCUCCCUAAUCAGCAGCGAACGGUGGUGACCAUCCGACCAGGUACGACUGUGUACAGCUCUCUGGACAAGGCACUGAAGGUGCGUGGGCUGAACCAGGACUGCUGCGUUGUCUACAGGAAGGUCGGUGGCGGGCGAAAGACCAUCACGGAUUGGGAGACCGACCUCGUCAAACUGGAAGGGGCUGAGCUCUCAGUGGAGGUUCUGGAAGACGUACCACUCACUAUGCACAAUUUUGUCCGCAAGACCUACUUCAACUUGGCCUUCUGUGACUUCUGCCAUAAGUUCCUGUUUUACGGCUUCCGUUGCCAGACCUGUGGCUACAAGUUCCAUGAACACUGCAGCAGCAAAGUCCCUACAGUCUGCGUGGGCCUGGCUCUUAAGCCGGUUUACAGCUAUGACCCAUGGCCAGAUCCUUCACAGUGGCAAGACAGUGUCCCGACCACCCCAACCCGGCCUAGUCACGAACCCAUGACCCCUCAAGACUCUAGCCUGCACAAACAGCCACUCCACAGCCCAGAAGCCUUCACCUUCCCCAGCGUCCACGGCGACGGGCAGCGUCUCCAACGGCACCGCUCCACUUCGACCCCGAACGUCCACAUGGUCAGCACUAUCAGUCCCGUGGACAGCAGCAUGAUCGAGACCGAGCAAGUCUCCAAAGUGGAGAAGAUGAAGCAGAGCAUCCUGGAAGGCAUCAACUUCAACCGCCAGGCCCCGCCCCCUCUCCUCCCACCCCCGCCCUUUGUGUCCUCCAUGGCCCCGCCCUUUUACCCGAUGCCCGUCUACCCUCGCACGUUCGGCUCUGUUCCGCCACCAGCCCCUGGGAGGACGAGAGGCUUCACAGAGCGGGGUAAACCAUAUAAAGCAACUCUCCUCCACGGAUUUUCAGAAGCCACCGCAUGUGGAAACUAG